GCGUAAAACCAAACACGGAACCUGCAGGCGGAAUAAUGACAAAUAUAUCCAAACCAACCUUUUCUGAGGCACUCUACAUGAAACGGUAUCUCUUUGAAGACUGAUGGAAGUUGGUAACUGCGUCGAAAACCGUCUGCAUUCAUGUCGGCGGGAUUUUGUUAAACCGAUGAGUUUAGUCAUGGAUGAUCACGGAUCCCAGCCCCAUCCACGGAGCUCAGAUCUGAGGGUGUCGACCAAAAGCAAAGCACCAUCCCCGCCAGGACUUAAGAAGUUGGAAUCCCCAGGUUUCUCCCAGUGGUACCCAGGAAACCCUCAUCUAAGCAUGGAGCAGAAGGAGAACCUGAUUGAUAAAGAACUCUCCCUCGUUGUGGUUCUGCCUGGAGGAAUAGAAAAUAUGACAACAGUCCAUGGAAGCAAACCCCUCAUGGAUCUGUUAGUGACACUUUGUGCAAAGUAUCACCUGAACCCCUCAGGCCACACUUUAGAACUCGUCACAUCCAACAGGAAGAAAACCAAACUCAAGCCCAACGCUCUGAUAGGAACUCUGGAUGUGGAGAAGAUCCUACUGAAACCUAAAGGGGAGGAUAAGAACAAGAAGACAGUUCCUCAUGUGCCUGAGGCGACCGUUCGGAUGGUGAUAAACUACAGAAAGACCCAGAAAACGAUACUGCGAGUGAGUCCCCGGGUCCCCCUGACUGAACAUUUACCUGCCAUCUGUGAGAAAUGUGAAUUUGAUGUGGAGACUACAGUCCUGCUGAGGGAUGUCCACUCCCUGGCCCCUCUGGACAUGUCCCACUCUCUAAAUGAUUAUGCAAUAAGGGAGGUCUAUGCAAGAGACACAAAAGGACCUGCCUCUCCUGUGAGUCCAGCCUCUCCAACCCGUACAGUGUUUCUUUUAGGAACAGUCACGCCGGGAAAAGAUAAAAAUCAGAAAGAGGAAGAAAACAAAGGCCUCUUCAGCAUGUUUAGAAGAAGCAAGAAAAAAUCCUACCAGGCAACGACAGUCAGCGCCCCGUCUUCCCCUGUGCUCGUGAGCAAGCCUCGACCUCUCAGCAUGGCCCUGCCGAGCUCUAAUUCAUCCAUGGUCGGUUCGCCUUCGAUACACGGUGAUUUUCCAAAGAAGAGACGCGCACCCCUCCCUCCAAUCCUGGUGUCUCAGAGCUGCUCCGCCAGCAUCAGUGCCAGACGAAGACUCUACUCUGAACCCAACGCUCAGCUGGACCACGACCAGAUGUCUGGUUUAAGUCGAGGGUCCUCAGCAGAGUCUUCACUGAAGAGAACCAAACGAAAAGCUCCUCCACCCCCAACUUCCCCAAGUGCUGCUUCCCAAGAAAAGGUUCCUCUAGAGGAGAACUUAGCAGGCGGUGCAGCUGCUAACACACUGGAGGAGAUCAUGGAGCAGGAAGAGUCCACUGCCUCUGUGAAGUCUGCUACUGCUAGUGAAACCCAGGGAGAGGACGGCAGCCCCGACAUGUCUGUCGAUGUUUCUUUACAUUCCCCGUCCCCAGACUCUGAGAUCCUGAGCAAAACGCCCACUGAGGGCCGUGGGGAAGAUCAGACUUGUGAUCUGUCCUCAGAUGGCAAUCAACUGCAGAGCACAGUAGAUGAGUCUGUAACCCUGAGUGAUGAAAGGACCAAUAAUGGCACAGAAUCACCUGAGCUGAUACACACAAGUAGUUCUUCAUGUCAAGUUGAGAAUGUCUGGGAACAGCCGACACCUGAAAGCGUCCUAGUUGAAUGCAGUUCUGUUCCCAGUAGCCCUCCUCCACCUGUGACACAUGAUGCAGGAUCACAGGCCUCUGCUCAGCUAAACACUGAAACCCCGAGCGAGCAGACCGACACGUCGGUGAGUCCGUCGACCGCCGGCACAUCGCGCCCCGCAGGAGAGGACGCUCAAGUACAAACAGAUCUCCCACCCUUAUCAGACCAAGCCCAUCCCCCCGUUUCCACUGAGGCAUCAGGAAAGAAAGAUAUUGCCACUUUGACGGAUGAACUGGACCUCGAGCCUGUGGAGACCUCGUCAUGCCAAGAGUCCCCACCACCAAGUGCCCCUGAAACAGUCAAAUCCCCGUCUAUUUAUGCCACAAAUUCCGAGCCAAAGCCCAAGCCUUCCAACGAGCUGACGAGGGACUACAUCCCGAAGGUGGGAAUGACAACAUACACUAUCGUGCCUCAGAAAUCUGCGGAGAAACUUCGAUAUUUUGAGGUUGCACUGACACUGGAGGCGCCCGCUGCUGUUGCUCCAGACGAGGGACCUGAUAUCGGUUCUCUUCAGCUGGAGGAGAACGCAGUAGUGAAGGGACAGAGGGAGGAAACAAGUAAGGUUCACUCUGCUGUUCCCAGGGCGGAUGUAAAGUCUAGCACUACUACUACUACACAAGACACUGUUAAUGGAAGUAUACCUGAAUCCAUUCAUUCCUCGUCACCAACCAGUUUACAGAGAGCAGACGGUAUGAUCCCAUCCCCGUGUGAAUCGGUAUCUAAAGCAAGUUCACCCUCAGAGGUCAAGGAGAUUAAAAUUCCACCAGCAACUAAACCCAAGCCUGGUUCUUUCCGCUUGGCACAGCACAAAAAAAAACCUGGGUAUUAUGUAACUUCAGCAGCAGGGAAGAGCCUCAGUGCCAGUCCAGAGAGAGCAAAGUUACCUCCCCCUCCUUCUCCGCCUCCCGUGCAGAGCCGAGAGGAGACAGCAGGGGCCGCUGAGGUCCAGCUGAGCCCCAGAGAGGAAUUAAAGACUGCGACGUUCAACAGAAUCACCAGGCAAAGUAGCUUGCCGAGCUCGGGGUUGAGCUUGGAAAAACUGAGGAGUUUCGCAGCCCCUCGGCCCUACUCCCCCGCGACGCCAUCCCGCUUCGCCCAGGCCGUGUCCUCUGCUGUGAAAAGAAGCCACUCUUUAUUCCAAGGCUCAAACUCACCACAGUCGCCCGUGCCUUCACCGCCAUGCUCCCCGAUUACAAGUCCCACUGCAGUAAUAGAGGCAAAAGAAUUCUCUGAGCUCAAGGACGGUGAAAAUAAAGAGCCGGACGGGGACAAAGACUCCACGCUGCAGGGAAUAGAGGAACAGCCACAACCUUUGGGUGGAAUUGUUCAAAUGGAAGGAGAGAGCAGUCCGUAGCAGUGCCUUAAAUCUUCUGACAAUUUAGGAUCUACUGUAAGAAAAAAUCCAACUCUUUGCGAUAUGUCGUACACAUGUAACCCCGGCACAUGCAUGGAAUCAAUGUUUUUUUUUUUUCUUCAAGGAGGGGUGUCCUCCUGUCUACUUUGAGUUCACCAGAACUUUUUAUCUGAUUGCACAGAUGCAAAAAACUGUCUUAAUUUUGACCUCUUUUGGUAGCCUCCAACAGUGUACAUAAAAUCUUUUGAUUGUUACUGUAUGUUGGUUUCUUUUCUCACGUGCUUAAAUAAUAUGGCUGACCUGCAUAAUUCUACGCCUUUCCUUUUAUUUUGUGUGAUGACUAUCUUGCAUUUAAUGCAUUACUGUUAUAAGUGAACAAGGAUGUUAAAUAAGAACAAUACUGUAAAUUAUUAGACGUAUUUCCACAGUGAUAAUACUGUUGGUGGUUUAUUCAGAAGAUGUAUAAUCUAAAUAAAAAAAUACUGGAUGUGUAGGACAGACCAGGUCUGACCUAUGGUACUUAAAUGCUCUUUAGAUUAUACAUUGAAUAUAUUUAAGUAAGAGUUUUGAAUGUGGAUGUAUGCAGAAAUACACUGAUGGUGCACAUCACACCUGUUUUUGUCUAACAGUGUCGUUACAAAUAAAACUUGUAUCAUUUCACAAA